AUGAAGAUUUCUACUGCAAUAGUUUUCAUCAGCAUUAUAUCGAUGAAGUUAGAAUUCGCGAACGCCAACAGCAAACACAUGAUUUGCAAAUCGGUUGAUGACGUUUUCAAUGAAGAAACCGAGGCUGUUGGUAUUCCACUGACCCGACGACUUUACCAAGGGUCUCCAGGCAAAAGAGGCGCAAAGGGAGAUAAUGGGGACCAUGGUCAACCAGGGGCAAAAGGCGAACCAGGAAUUGCGGCCGUCGUCGAUUAUGACACAAUAAAACGUUUUGUCGAAGCCGCUGUGGCAGCUGAAAUGAAAUCAAUAGAAGAACGCCUAUUUGAACAAAUAAACGAAACCAGGAGCUCUGUAAAAGCAGAAUCCUGCACUGGAUUUAUUUAUACCGAAUAUUGUUACUGGGUCGAGAUACAUUCAAUUAGCAACACAACCUAUGCUGAAGCCAAGACAAUAUGUUUGCGAAAUUCGGGAAAACCAGCAGAUAUUGUUGAUUCUCAGCAUUACCAACUUGUGAAUAACCACAUUCGAUUGAACAUACCUUCCUUCGUGUCAUACGUUAACGCGUGGCUAUCUAUGACCAUAAAUCCAUCGUCAGGAACGGUUCGAUUUUCCGACGGGAAUUCAGCAAGCAAUGUGAAAUACUAUCCAAAAUACCCCAAAUCGACCGCCUCAUACACACAAAUGGCAAUUGGAGUCCGUAAAGACCCUUCGGAUUCGAGGCAAGGAAUGUUCAAUUAUACCCCAGCUAGUAACUUCAUGGGAGUUGUUUGCCAGAAAUGA